CAUUGCAGAGGCCGGUAGUAUUGGUAGUAAAUCUAGGCAUAAGUCUAGCCGUAGUGGCAGUAGUGGUAUACAGCGUAGUCAAGAAGUCUUACCCAAAACUAUACCCCAAAACAUGCUAAUUGUUACACAACACCAACACAGCAAGGAAUCGACUGACGAUAGCAUGAACUCUGUUAGCAGUGAGUCCUCCCUACCAACCAUUAAUCUCUUGUCUCUAUUCGGUUGCGUCCGACGACACGACCGGCCGACCGACAGGUGGGUGCCGUCGAUGCGUUUGGCACCGGAGGGCGAGUUCUCCAACUUUGUCGAGGGUCUCGGUCCCGGACAGAUAGUGGGCCGGCAGGCACUCGCCUCACACCACUUGGGGGACAUACAGCUGAGUCUGUGCGACAGGAAAGGCAACCUCGAGGUCGAAGUGGUCCGCGCCAGGGGUCUGCAGGCCAAACAAGGGGCCAAAUUACUUCCAGCGCCUUAUGUCAAAGUAUAUCUCGUGAGAGAGAGGAAAUGCAUCGCAAAGGCCAAGACGGCCACCGCUCGCAGGACUCUCGACCCACUCUAUCAGCAACAGCUGCUCUUCACCGACGACUACCGGGGCUGUACUCUACAGGUGAUGGUUUGGGGCGAUUACGGGCGAAUGGAUAAGAAGACAUUUAUGGGAGUGGUGCAGAUCGUCAUCGACGACCUCGACUUAUCCAAUAUAGUGAUCGGAUGGUACAAACUGUUCCACACCUCGUCGGUCAUCACACUUCCCACAUCCGGCAGGGCCUCCAACUCACUCAUGUCCACAUCGAUGGAGAGCUUCAGCUAACGAUAGGCACCCGUCGGUCGCCCCCCAAACACACCAUCCCCUGAGCCGACCAUUGGAUACCAAAAACAAAUUAAAUUUAAUGAUAAGUUUAUAUUAUGUUUUCGAUGGAUAUGUUGUAUCGGAUUUACUAAUAGUAUGACAACUGAUAUAUUAUUGACAAUAAAAAUGC